CCUAGAACAAGGUUGUGGUGAUAUUAUUCACUUACUAAUAAAAAAAAAAGAUAAUAAUUUACAAAAGUGCUUAUUUUCAGGUCAACAGUCCUGUCUGAUUACUGUGGCAGCGGCUAAUAUUAUCUGCUCCUGUUUAGAAAGAAAAAACCUAAAUUUUGCUCGUGAAUUAUUAACCAAUUGUCAAGCCAUGAUUGAACAAAAAGUUUACAAUUUAGAUAAUUGUCCUGAUUUACAAGUGUUUAGUGAUAUAUCACAAUUUUCCCACCGAGUAGAAUGUCUAAG